AUGUCUGAAGUAUCUAUGUGUACCUUCCAUAUAUUUUGGCUGGUAUUAGUCUGCGCCUGCGUUGUACCGACUCAACAACAACAACUAGUACAAGCUUUGAACAGUGAAGACAACGAUCAUUUCAGUAAAGCGGCAGAAAGCUCCGAGCAACACACAAAAAAUCAAAAUAUCGCUGAAGAUUUGAGCUUUUACGACGUAGCGCGAAAAUUGUUAAUAGAUGGCGACACUGAAACCUUAGCACGUAAUGCCGAUAAUCUUUUUAAAACCAUACCGUACGUACGCGCAACAAUACCGCUGCGCAUUUAUGAAUGCCUACGUAAAUUUACUGCUUUGCACUGCACAAAGCUAUUCGUACUACAAAAAAUGGAAGAACAUAAGAAUUACCCGCGUACUGGAAACUUAACUAAAGACUUCAUGGAUCAAUUUUUUGGUCCCGAGAAAAUAUUGGGUAGUUUGGUUACUAGCAAAUAUGCAUCUAUGGCAGAGAAAGAGUUAAAUCAGCGUUUGGUACAAAAUUUUCAGAAAUUUUUCGAGGACCGCGAUAUUAAAAUACACUUCUUACCCGGCAUCAUGGUGCGUAUAGUUCCAAGCAAGGAGAACACUCUAAAAUUUUCACUCAAGAAAGGCACAAAAAAUAAAUCUAAAAAACAGGCACGGUCUUUUAAACACUAUAGGCGAGUACGUCCAGAAGUAGCAAUGGAAACUACGGAAGAAGAAUCAGAAGAGGCACAGGAAAAACGUCCCAUGCUUGGCAAACGGAAAAAGAAACGUACACUUAAAAAAACCAUACUGCAGUUAGCAGUUCCGGUUAUGAUUAUGCCUGCCAUUUUAAUGGGUUCAUUUCUUCCAUUUAUUCUGCCUGUUCUGAAGAUGGCCACAAUUAUGACGUUACUCCUGAAUAAUAGCGCAUUUAUAGCGGCACUCAUCUAUGCCGCUCGGACACAUGUUAACUCACAUGACGAACAACAACAAAUAAACUAUGGACAUUCCUCUUAUCACUGA